AUUUGAGGCAAAUGGAAUUGAAGCUUCAAAUAAUUUAUCACCGCUGGACCGUUGACAGGGCUGGUUGGAAGGUUGGCCAUUCCAGGUCACUCCCCUUGUGGCCACAAUGAUUUAAGUGCAUGAACUAGUUCACUUUUAAUGAACUGGUAACUGAAAGUUCGAGCACACGGUCACUUUUGCUUGAGCAGCCGCGCGGUUAGGUCUUGCAAGGAAGUUUUGUCUUGCUGAAAAAAUUUGUGUUAAGUUAUGCCCAAGUCCAAGUCUAAGGGGCGAGCUGCCUCUGGGCCGGUCGAUGGAGUGAAGCGUAGGCGGGGACGGCCUCGAUCGUCCGCCCGGCAGGUUCCAGUCCCAGUCCCCGAUGGAAGUGCGAGUUCAUCAGGUGUGACACGGGACACGGUGUCCGUGGCAAGUACCUCGGUACCAUUGGAUUCCGUGGGACUGGAUAGCGGCAUCAGUAUUGACAGCCAGCUUGCUACGCCAUCCCCCAUCGGUCUGCCUGGAGGGGGCGCGUCUCCGACUUUGGGAUUGGGUAAGUCCGUUCAUGUCGAAUUUACCCCUGAACCUGUGGUUAAAAGUUCCUCGGGCCCGUCACUGUCCGUAACAUCGGCCCCUGUAACUGCUACAAUUGCAUCUUCUUCUUUUGCCACUGAUACCACUUUAACUAGUGUUUGUGAUGAUCUGGGGUCUGGAGUUCCUCAUAUUUUGCAAGAAAAAAUUUGGAAAGGGGAGUUUGUAGAGUUCGGCGCACUUUUGAAAUCACUGCGUGGUUCGGGUUGUGAUGAUUCUUUGGCUAAAGCUGUGAAUUUUACGAUCGGCUCCAAUGAGUCUCCGGCUUGGCAGAUUCGUCCUCAUAAGCAGGCACCCCGUAUAACAUCAAUUGAGCAGUGGACAUCUGCUUUUCUAGUUUUUGCUUCGGUUUAUUUGUUGCGACACCCUACGCAUGCUCGCCAAUUGCUGAAAUAUGCGGAUACCAUCCGUUCUGCUGCUUUCCGACAUGUUGGCUUUGGUUGGCGCGAUUAUGAUAUUCAGUUUCGCCUGCGACAGGCGCGUUUGCCGUCCCGCUCUUGGGCAAGCAUCGAUGCCGAGUUGUGGUUAACACUGCUCGGGGCGCCCCUAGUACAACAGCCUAAUUUUCGUCCCUACCAGCAGCGCGAUCGUCCCUACGCCAGUUUCGGGUCCCCAUUCGGACCAGGCCGACGGCAAGUUACCGGAGGCCAACCCACAUGCCAUGAUUUCAAUCGCGGGCAAUGCAUCCGCCCCACAUGCCGCUUCGCACACCGUUGCUCAGCCUGCCUUGCAUUCGGCCAUUCGGCAACCCGUUGUCGGAGGAACCAACCAUCUCGCGGGCCGGCCGUUAGCGCGAACGCCGGUAAAACUAAAUAGCAUGCUCCCAUUUUU